UGGCCCAGCCACCGGAGCCACUCGGCUGGCACUGGCAGUGAGUUCACCUCGGAAACACGAAGGUAUAGCAGGCGGCGGCGCAUCGAGCGACCGGAGCGGAGCCGGUGACGGAGGCGGCGAGGGGCAGCGAGGUCGGCCUGCGAACUCGAGUAGCUGUGGCCGCGGUCCGUGGAGGUGUACAUCAACAGCGUCCGACAUUCUAAAACCCUAGCGCGAGCAGCGGGAAGGGAGGAACCCCGAUUCCCCGGCCGGGACCGCCGCGACGACCGCCAUGAAGCUGACGGUGAAGACCCUCAAGGGCACCCACUUCGAGAUCCGGGUGCAGCAGAAUGACACCAUUAUGGCUGUGAAGAAGAACAUUGAAGAGAUACAAGGAAAGGAUAAUUAUCCAUGGGGUCAACAACUGCUGAUUCACACUGGCAAGAUUUUGAAGGAUGAAAGUACAUUGGAAGAGAAUCAAGUUAGUGAAGAUGGAUCUCUAGUUGUCAUGCUUAGUAAGAGUAAAGCUUCUGUUUCCAGUGGAGCUUCAUCCGCCCAGCCUUCAAGCAUUCCUGUAACCAGGCAAGCACCUCCAGAUGCUCAAAUCCAAGCUGCUGAAUCCUCGGUCCCACCAACUACUACUUCUCAGCCUGAAAGACCACCUGCAGAGACCCCUUUGAACACAGUUGAUCAUGUGGCAUCAGAUUUGCUGUCAGGAAGCAAUCUCGACACAAUGAUUAAUCAGAUAAUGGAAAUGGGGGGUGGCAGUUGGGACAGAGAUAAAGUCCAAAGAGCUCUCCGUGCUGCUUAUAACAAUCCAGAGCGUGCAGUUGACUAUCUGUAUUCUGGUAUUCCAGUGACAGCUGAAGUUGCUGUUCCGGUGGGUCCCCAAGGGGCAAACUCAACUGAUGCAGCUCCUCCUGGAGUAACCGGCCUGUCUGGAAUCCCAAACACAGCACCAUUAAACCUUUUUCCACAGGGGGCUUCUAAUGCUGGAGGUGCAGCUGGUGGUGGAUCACUUGAUUUUCUUAGAAAUAACCAACAGUUUCAAGCACUUCGGGAAAUGGUCCAUACAAACCCACAAAUUUUGCAGCCUAUGCUCCAGGAAUUGAGCAAGCAGAAUCCCCAACUUCUGAGGUUGAUUCAGGAAAAUAAUGACGAGUUCCUUGGGUUACUAAAUGAGAACUUUGACGCAGGCGAUGGGGACUUCUUAGACCAGCCUGAUGAGGAUGAGAUGCCUCAUGCUAUCAGUGUGACACCAGAGGAGCAAGAGGCCAUUGGGCGGCUGGAGGCCAUGGGGUUUGACAGAGCACGUGUGAUCGAAGCAUUCUUUGCCUGCGACAGGAAUGAGCAACUAGCUGUCAACUAUCUUCUUGAGCAUGCUGGUGACGAAGAAUAGAGAAAAGUGAGUUUACAUUCGAGCUUGUUCUGCACAUGAGCACAUCUGACCUAAAUUGAUCAAGAAGCGAGUAAUCAAGUUGGAAGGAGCUAACACUAUUAUCUCAUUGCACAACAAGUUUACUUGCUGCCUUGAGCAUUUAAAGACUUGUAGAUUGAACUUAGCUAUCCGGAAGACGUAGUGUUACUAAAAUGUUGUAUUCCUGUCGUUCUUCGAUCAAUGCCAGUGGUGGUUAACAUCAAUUUCGAUGCUAUGUAUAGUGGCAGAAAAUGAUGAUAUAUCAGGGUAAAUUCAAGUGAAGACAGCAAGUAAUUUCACACUGAAAUAUCCAUGACGAUGCUGCGUCCA